GAACAGAACAGAACAGAACAGAACAGGAGGAAGGAGAAAGAUGAGAGAUAUAUACCAAGCAAAGAAACGAGGUGGUUUGUAAUGCUAAAUGCGAAGAAUGAGAACUGCUCACAAAAAUAUAAGCUGGAAUUUAAAAGCUAUGUAAAGUUAGAAUCUUGAAGUGGAGGAGACAUUUACUCAAACAUGGAAAAUCUAUUUGUUGAAAUUAUGGCAAACCUCCCCAAAUAUAAAAAAGAAAUAUACGUCUAACAGAAUAGACGUUUAAUUAGAAUACGUCUAAUUAGAACCACAAAUAAAUGUGACUGGGAGAAGAUCUCUCCAUCAUAGUGACAAUAUCAAAACUGCAACAUAAUAAAAAUAUUAGAAUUUGUAAGUAGAAAACACUUAAAAGUCAAAUAUACCAAAUAAUAUCAGAUAUUUAACCAAAAACCCCUUAAACCAAGAAAGAAUGAAACAAUUAACAACUAAAAGUAAAUAAUUAACAAGCUAAUUUAAAGCUACUCUGAAGGGGAAACUAGGAAAAGAAAUUCUGUUGACCAUAAACAUCUUACAAAUGACUAAUAAAGUACUUUGAUUUCCUUAAAACUCUGGCUGGCAGCGUUUUAGAAAACCUUCAUUUACCUACACAUGCCUUUAUUUGAGCAUUCUUCUCCAACCAAGUGCUUCAGUCCUUGUACUAUCCCCACUACGUGCAAAUCCAGUUUCUCUUUAAAGAAUUCCCAAUGGAACAGCUACUUCCAAAGAACGUCUAUUUUUAGAUGCUUUUAAUCAUUAUUUCAAUAUAUUCUUUGGUUAGAUCCAUUAUCUACAUUUUGUUUUGUCACUUAAUUUUAGUAUAUUGAAAAUACACAAUUUCCCCUAUUUUUCCACAUAUAUUAAUAUAAAUUUCUCUAGGCUGGAAAUCUCUAUCUUCUUUAUCAGUUUUUCACUUGAAAUACCACCAGUUUCUGUAUAAUUUUAAAAUUUGGAGCCCAAUACUACCAAGCAUAGUAUUGAUCUGGCCAAUAUAAAUGUUGUUGGCCAUCAGCUGUCUAUUUCUGUGCAUUAUAAUAAAUUUACCAUAACUUAGCUUCAAUCAUAAUGAAUUUAAGGAUAACUGAAAUCCUGAAUAUUCUCCCCUUAUUCUGAAAAGUUGUUUUCUAGAUAUAGAUUAAAACUAAAGAGUCUAACCCAAUUGUCUAUUAAAUUUAUUUCAUAGACAGCAUGUUGAAAAAAUUUAAAGUAUUAGUUUUAUCAUUUACAUGGGACACAUCUUUAUUUUAUGCCACUUGUGCCAUCAAUGAUCAUUUGACUUACUAAUAAUAUAGUGAAAUCAAGUAAUCAAUAGUACAGUUAAAUAAGGUCAGAGAGAUGUACAACAAACACCCUAUGACGUGUGUUCUUUGCUAAAUGGCAUUUGUGUAUUUUUACAGUCAUGUUAUACAAUUAAACACAUUCUAUGGGAAAGGACAGUUCUAAAUCAUUCAACUGAUUUAUAUAUUAUCUUCAAAAAUCAUGUAUAUCUUCCCUGAAAAGUGAACUUCAGUGUCUGAGAAUUCUUUGAUUCUCAUUUCCAGGGAUACUAUAAUGGCAAUAUUUCUACCCAUUUUGGUGAUUUUUUUUUUUUUAGGAGAAAGACAAUGAAUAAACAAACAUGUACAACACAAGAUGACUUCUCCAAAUGAUUAAGUGAUAAAAAGACAUUAAAAUGGGUUACUAAUAUAUGAAGUCACUGGCUGGCUAUUUUAGGCUUAGAUGUUAGAGAUGACCUUUUUCAGUUGGCUUUUAAGCAGGACUUUAAUAAACAAAAGAUGACAACCUUGCACAGAUCAGUAAUCAAACAAAAUAAAGGUAACUAGGAAGAGUAAAUAUAUUAGAACAGGAAUAUGUUUCAAAUUGUUUUGCAACUAAAGUCUUCUUUAGGUUAUAGCAUCAUUCCCACCUCUCUAGAAAGAUAAAUUAAUGCAAGCAGUCAACUAUGGGCCCAUUACCUUAUUCCAGUAGCUCUCAACUAAGAUUAUAAUGCACUCUGGAGGUAAAAAGUGAUGAGAAUUCACAAAUCAUUAAGUUACCUCUAUUCUGUGGCUGUACCAAAUUCUAAUUCUGAACAAAUCACUUACAAGAGCACACUGUUUUACCAUACACAGAAAAAUUAAAAGAAAAAAGUGGGAGAUUAAUGUCAGAUUUAAACGGAAGUUAAAAUAUAACAAAAACAGCAUAAACAAAGGUCUUCCAUUGCUGUGGAUUGUGGAAAACGUGGGUGUGAGUUCAUGAAACAGAAAUUUCAUUAACUAAACCAUGGGAAAUAUGAAGACAAUAAAGCAAAAUGUAAAGAUGUAUUGUAGAAAUACCGUUGAAUACUUUUUAGGCUAAUGUAAUCAGAGAAGACUUUAACUCUAUCUGCCACCCAGAGCUGUGGAAGUUUGUGGAACCAAUAAUGAUUGUUCUACAAGGUAGGUUCCAAAUAGAGACUGGGAGCAAGAAAACCAAUUAGAGAAUGACUGUACUAAUUCAGGUAAGAAUUAAUGAUUGCUUGAAUUCAAGUAAUAAACACUGAGACAAUUGCUUUUUAAAAUUUGGAAUGUCUAGUUCAUAAGAAUAAGGUGAAAAGAGCUCCCAGGCAAUUUAAUACCUCCUUGACAGAAAUGUAAUUUGGAUACCUUUUCUGUUCUAAUAUUCCAUGAAAUCAGAUACAAAAGACAAUGGAGAAAUUGUCAGAAAGACCUGAUGAUAAAUCAAUGCCAUGGAUGAGAAAACAGUAGUCCUGGAAGGUGACUGUGAAGUUUCAGGCCUAAUAGUCUGAGAUGAUUUGACUAUUAACAGAAAUUGAGCAAGAAAGAUGGUCAAGUUCAGAGAAGCAGGCUCCAAGGAUGAAAGGUGAAACCCAUUUGAGGUUUACUAUUGCCAUGAUUUAUAGCCCUGGACAAACUUCCUUUAACUUAAGUGUAUUUACCAUGUAGACCAGUCUUCACAGACAACAAUCAGAAUCCACAGCCUCAAACACACCUUACUAUUAGCCAAUUUUGAGACAUUAGCAUUGUAUGACUAAAUAUCACAUGAUUUGCCGGGGACAAUUGUAAGAGCCAUGUCAUAUUGCCUGCCUGAGUUAAGUUUCUGCUGUCCAGUAUUGAGCCACUAAUCAGAAACUUUUGACAUGACAAGUCCUGAGUUAUUAGAAAAUAACUUAACAUUUCCUUAACUUUCUGCUACACUGACCAUUAGUAAUAAUGUUUUGUGGUUGGGUUGCUUAGCAACUCAACAGUCCUCUGAUCUCUUCCCAAAGAGUGUUUCCUGGUCUGAUUACUAUAAAACCUGCCUGAGAAAAAUAAAAUUUUGCAGCUUGAUCAGAAUGCUGUCUUGCUGUCAAUUCUCUGUGUCUCUUGUCCCUUUCAUUCGCCAUUCCCCCUUCUAGGGUCUCCGCUGAAGAUCCUGCUGGCCAGAACAAUGAUUUACACUUUUAAUUUCAGAGAAUUAUCUUGGACUAUAAUCAAUCUGAAUGCAGUAACUUAUCAUUUCAUUCUUUCAAACAUGCUAGCUUUACCUUACUUAUAGCUAAGAAAUAAAUGGCUAAUAUAUUUUCUCCACAAUAUAUUUGAAAUUAUGUCUUCUCUUGUAUUUCUCUAAUAUUGUAUAUGUGUGUGCAUCUAUAAAAGUAUGGGAUUACACUAUUUUGUAGCCUGGUUAAUCAGUAUUAUGUGAGAAGUAGUUUUUCAUACAUUUUUUUGUGUGUGUCUUUAAUACAGAUAUAUGGACAGUCAUAUCUAACCAAUCAUCUAUUUAUUGUAUACUUCAGUAUUUCUAGAGGCAUUGCAUUAAAUACAUUUAUAAAGCUUAAGCUAUACCUGUGUAUUCUUUCCUCCAGUAGAAAUAUCUAGCUUGACAGUUUUAAGACUUUUGAGGUAGGCCUAUCUCAGAGAUAUUACAGGUUAGGUACCAGAUUUCUGCAAUAAAACAAAUGCAACGAUAAAGUAAGUGAUGUAAAUUUUUGACUUAUGAAACGUUCUCUUAAUACUAUAUUACACUAAAGUAAAAUCUAUGAAGUAUACAAUAGCAUGCCAAAAAUGCAUAUGCCCGGGGUGAUGUAUUAUGUCUCCCAAUAUACUGCAUCCCCCAAUAAAGUUUAUCUGAGGAUCAGAGGAAAAAGCCAACCACUAUAUUAAACAUAGAAGUCAGGCAAUGGUAGCACAUGCCUUUAAUCCUAUCAUUUGGGAGGCAGGGAUCUGUCUGGAUCUCUGUGAGUUCAAGGCCACACUGGAAACAGAGCCAGGUGUGGUAGCACAUGCCUUAAAUUACAACACUAGUUAACCAUGGAGGUCUGUACAGACAGACAGGAAGUGACAGAGCUGGGCAGGUAGAGGAAGGAAUGUAGCUGGACAGAGACAGCAAAUCAGGUGGCAGAACAGCAAGGCAUAUAGGUGUGAGUAUACAGGAAGUAGGUCUCUUUAGAAGCUGAGGUGCCGGUGAGGUGAGGUUGGCUUGUGGCUUUUCCUAUUCCUCUGAUCUCUCAGGUUUUCACCCCUAUAUUUGGCUCUGGAUUUUUAUUUAAUAAGACUCUUUAGCAAAUUCGUCUACACAUGCCUUUAAAAAUACUUUAUUGGGGUCAGAGAGAUGGCUCAGUGGUUAAGAGCACGGACUGCUCUUCUAGAGGUCCUGAAUUCAAUUCCCAGCAACUACAUGAUGGCUCACAACCAUCUAUAAUGAAUGAGAUCUUGUGCCUUCUUCGGAUAUGAAGGCAACAUGCAGGCAGAACACUGUAUACAAAAUAAUUAAAUCUUAAAAAAAUUAAAUACUGUUGAGCAUAAUGAUUAUCUGAGAUGCUGAUAAAAUGAUACCACACAAACUUGCUCAGUUAUACCGCAGGAUUGUCAGAUCCUUCAAUUUGUUACAAAACAAAGGGAAUACAUGUGAAACACAAUGAAACAACGGAUUCUUACAUAUUGCAAAACUGUAUUCCUGAAAAGAUAUCCAUUACACUUGAGUGGUUUGUCAGUAUUUUUUGCUUUAACCUUAACAAAUGUAGGCAUUUAGUAUUUUAAACAAGAAUUCCUAACAUGGAAUAUCUUUUUAUUACCAGAGUCCUAAUAGAGGUCUGCAGUUGAAAUGUAUCAGUAAGUUAGGUCCAGUCACUCACUUCAAGACAGCAAACAAUGUAUGCUGAGAAAGCAGGGAAGGAUUUUAAUCAAUUAAGGUGGAAGACAGAGGUUAAGUUCUCAGCCCCUCUGCAGACCUUCCAACAGGAGUUCCCAGAUUACAUGGGGGAAGGAAGGCACAGAAAUUGAGGUAGGGAGCAUAAACACGCAGCUAAUCUGUUUUGGACAACCUGUGUCUGACUGACCAGUAUCUCAGGAUUGGUAAGGUGGCUCUUAACUCCGUAAGAAAACCACUGCUGAGGUUGCAGUUUCCACUCUCAUUACUGAUGUCCGUCCAUUAGACUUUCCUGGAGUCUAAGAUGCCCGAGGAAAGAACGAGAGUAAAGGAGACAGACACAAAAUGAGGGUAGUUAUAUUAAGUCUUAUCCUGAUUCUUGGACAUUUGCUGGCCACCGUUAAGUCUUUUUACACUUACAUUUUUAAAAUAUAUUUAUUUAUUCUUCUCUCAUACAUUACAUUCCCUAUCGCAGUUUCCCAUCCCUCCACCCCUCCCAGGUCCACACCACCUUCCGUCUCCCCCGGAUCCACUCCUUAUUUUUUAAUGUAGAACAGUUAAAGAUAUCUUUAUUGAAUUUUGUGGGUUUUUUUUUAAUUUUUAGAAUUCUAUUUGAUAUACAUACUUUUUGGCUUUGUCGUGUCUUUUAAGAUUUUAUAAAAAAUUCAUUUUCACACAUAAAAAUUUAUUAUUUCUACUUUGUUAAAAAAAACAGUUGCAAAUCAUUAUGCAUUCAAUCCUUUUUCUGUUCUUUUACUGCUAUCCUUAGAUGCCUUCUUAGGGUAGCUGGGUUCACCCAUAUUUUCUUGAAGUUCUUUUCUUUGAUUAAAAAAAAACUGAUCAACUAAAAAUUUGAUACAUGGAAACAUUUGUCAUCACGUAGACAUUAAGCAAAACUUGAUUUUUAAAUGUUUUUUGCUAUUUACUACUGCCAAGGUUCCACAGCAUUUUUCAGGUAACAAUUUAUUUUAAAUGGUUCCUAUUUUUCAUUCCUUUUUGUUUCACUGAGAACUUCUAGAACAAAGUUGAAGGUAGGACAGUGAGUGGUGGUGGCAGAAUCCACUUCCCAUUAUAUCCCCUGGUGCACAGGGAACCUAUUCGGACACAGAUGUUAGCAUUUGUGGACGUGGUAAAAUUUUCUGGUGAACCAAGUACCUGUAUUCUUCACAACUCUGAAAAGGAAGCAUUGUUUCCCACAUUUCAUAGAUGGAGAUGUCAGGAAAGACACAUAAUUUGUGGAAGGAUACAUCAUCUGUCGUCUAGGAACUACAGUCACAAAAACAUCUUCCUGAUUUCCAAAUCCUUUUCUGUCACCAGAAGCAGCCUCUUAAGACUCCAGAAGAAAUCCAGCUGUGGCAUCGCCGCUGUUUCCGCCUCCUCCCGAGGCCCAGGCCGACCUUCCAGAUUUUUCUCCGGGGGGCCGAUGGGAUUGGGGACUCACCGGGCGAGCUCCUCGGCGCAGGCCGGGCUGGGGCGGGCUGUCUGGGUCCGGGUCACCGCUGCGGGGUUCCCCGCCCUCUCAGGCGCAGGCGGCCCGCCCAGGGCACGGUCCUGAGCCUCGCGGGGACACGGUGGCCGGCCGCGGGAGACGGCGCCACUCGGAGCCUCCGCCGCCGCCGCCUCCGCCGCCGCCGGGCCAGCCGAGAGCCGGCCGCCAUGCCCCGGGUGCUGGUGGUGGGCGCCGGGCUGACCGGAAGCCUGUGCGCCGCGCUGCUGAGGAAGGCCAUCGCGGGUCCCCUGUACCUCGCCCUGUGGGACCAGGCUGGGCACGCAGGGGGAAGAAUGAUUACUGCCAAAAGUCCUCAUAAUCCCCGAUGCACAGCUGACUUGGGAGCUCAGUACAUCACCUGCACGCCUCAUUAUGCCAAAAAGCAUCAAGAAUUUUAUGAGGAGCUGUUAGCUCGUGGGAUUUUGGAACCUCUGACCUCUCCUAUUGAAGGAAUGAAUGUGAAAGAAGGAGAUUGCAACUUUGUGGCCCCUCAAGGAAUUUCUUCAAUUAUUAAGCACUACUUGAAAGAAUCAGGUGCAGAAGUCUUCUUCAAACAGCGUGUGACCCAGAUCAACCUGAGAAAUAACAAGUGGGAAGUCUCCAAGGAGACAGGCUCCCCUGAGCAGUUUGACCUUGUUGUCCUCACCAUGCCAGCUCCUCAGAUUCUGGAACUUCGAGGUGACAUUGUGAACUUAAUUAGUGAAUGCCAAAGGCAGCAACUGGCAUCGGUGAGCUACUCCUCUCGCUAUGCUCUGGGCCUCUUUUAUGAAGCAGGCAUGAAGAUUGAUGUCCCUUGGGCUGGCCAGUACAUCACCAGUAAUCCUUGCAUACGCUUCAUCUCCAUUGAUAAUAAGAAGCGCAAUAUAGAGUCAUCAGAAUUUGGUCCAUCCCUGGUGAUCCACACCACUGUCCCAUUUGGAGUUACGUACUUGGAGCACAGUGAGGAGGAGGUACAGGAGUUAAUCAGCCAGCAACUGGAAACCAUUCUGCCGGGUUUGCCUCAGCCAGUUGCUACCAAAUGCCAGAAGUGGAGGUAUUCACAGGUGACAAACUCAGCUGUCAACUGUCCCAGCCAGAUGACUCUUCACCUCAACCCUUCCCUGGUCAAGUGCAAGCUCUCAGCUGUUUUUCCAGCACCAUAACUCUUGCCUGCCACCAUGCUCCUCACCAGGAUGAUCAUAGACUCACCUUCUGAAACUUGCCUAGCUUUCGCUGCCCAGCCUCCAGGAAUUCAUUGACAUUGGCUGAAUUUGCUGUGUUCUCGGCUUGUCAGACAUUUGACAUAUCUGCUCAUCCUAAUGAAGAGAAGGUGUGAGUCAUACCCACGCUGCCACCCUCACCAGCUGCCCACCAACUUCCUCUGAAGGGUGUUCUGUAGUCUCUGAGGGUGAUGUUAUUAGAUAUUUGUAUUCUGAGUGACGUCUUGGUGGGCACGGCAUCGCCCUGGUGUAAACGCAACAGAGUUCUCCCACGAGCCUUACCAUUCCGCUAACAAUGACAGUGUUCCUUGGGCUCUGUCUUAAAGUUGUUUGGCCAAUGUUAGAUUCAUGUCAUGUCAAUCUUAGCAUCAUAAUGUGAGUGGCAUUCAUCUGAGGCAUAGACAUUGGGAUGAGCUCUGUUGAGUAAUUAAAAAACUUAUUUUGAAUGUGGGAGAUGAUGGAACAUGGAAACAAAAUCACAGAAAAAAAAUCAGCAACAAUACGAGCUCAGUAGGGAAAUUUUAGACAUCAAACAUUUUUUUUUUAUACAAAAUACCAAAGGUCACUAGUCUCCCACAUCAAACACACAGACAUUUUUUUAAACAAACCCAUUUCAGUCUGAGUCUCAACACGAGCCUAAAAUAUGUGUUUUUGAAAAAAAAAAAAAAAGACUCUAGGAUAAUUUUAAUUCUGUUGUUUUCCGAAAAUGAAGGAGGAACUGUUUGAGAUUUAGUUGUGGGGAAUUGUGAACAGCAUUUCAACCUUGCCCAAGAGGUUGACAAUUAAAUACUGAUGUUGAAAUCUAAAUGUUCAGAAUUACAUUCGUUUCUGAUCGUAAGAUGUUACUAGAGGGGCAAAGCAGGUUCCAGGGUGUGGCUUCCUGCCUGUUUUCAAGGAACCUGCAGCCCCUUGUACCCACUAAGUAAAGGCCGAGUGUAGCACUCUACACUUUCUCCAAUAUCCAACCUCCACAUUCAUCUUGGCAUCGAUUCAACAGGAGGUUGGGGUUUGAUGAACUCAGCAUAGAAAUGAUCCUUCACCCACAUUACCCCAUGGAAGAAGGCUGAUCGAGAUGAAGGCUUUCAGGCUGUUUCCCAAACUCUCAGCUUGUUCUCCUUCACAUCUGCAGCCGUGUCCUCCGCAGGGAGUUGUCCAAUUCAAUGUGAUUUUAAACAUCUGUCAGCUAAAUCAGAGCUCCAAAUUUAGCACUCGGGAACGUUAUGUGGAUUUGCGAUGCUCGCUGGAGUACACUGCAUCCAUAAACAGCUCACAGGAGACAGCCGGGUGGUACUCCGCUUGGUAAUUUUAUCUAUGACACGUUUAAUUUGGCUGUACAUUUAUGACAAUUAUGUAAAAGGGAAAAUGUGACCGUUUCCUUACAAAGGGCUUUCUGCUGAGGACUCUGCCUUUCUCUCCGACCAUUUGCCUGUGUGUUUUUGUUUGUUUUCAAUCCCCAGAGGCCAGUUUUAUCUGAGUUUCCUGAAAUUCUAUUCUUUAUCCUGAGACAUCUUUCUGGUCCAGCAAGAAUGUAACUCUGCUGUAUCCAUCCUGAGGAAGCAGAAGUUCUAUAAUGCAUGGUUCUCACUGGUCACCUUUGAUCAGCGCAUAGCAUGGCUUCUUUCUCUGCACUGAAUGGAUACUUCUGAAGAAAUGCUGAGCUAAGGAAAACAACAAGCCCAUGUCUUCGCAGAGGCAAAUGUCUACUUGAUGUUAAGCUCAUUUAGGGGUGUGUAACUAAUCCUUUCAUUUCCUGAAAUUGUGACAUCCUUAAAGGGAGACAUGGGGAGAAAUAGCCUUGCAAAAUAGUAUGACCAUCAAUAAAUGUUUUAUCACAAUAGAUGUAGAUGUAUUUAUUUCACUUAGAUUCAUACAAAAUCUCACAGCUUCUAAGAUCCAGUGUCCCCUUAAGCUCUCACUCACUGAGCCUCAGACUCAGUUAUCCUUUCGGCUCGGAGGCAACCGUAUGAGUCUCAGCUCUGAUUUUAAUGUUUGGUGCUCUUAGGGAGAAUCUUCAAAUGCUACUGGGAUUGUGAAAGCAGCAACUAUGGUGUAUGAUUGGUCCUGUGUCACCAGGGUUAGGGUAGGCCCAGGAUGAAGGCCUAAUGAGACUGUGGAGACAGUGAAUCAGCCCAUGAGUGACAGGCGCGGAUCUGAACUGCUUAAGAAUAUUGUCUCAAGGCAGGGGAAGGUGCCCUAAGCACACUGCCGAUGGUCAGAGGAGAUGCCCUACAAAAUCACCCUGGCAAAACCACAUGUUUCACUCACGCAUGGACUGGAACAAGACCCAGCACAGGUUUUCCUUGCUGCUGGAGAAAAGGUGAGACUCUCAGAGGAGUUAUAACCAAUUAACAGCCAGGACACAAGGUGGCCACAGAGCCCUGAGGUGGCAAGCACCAUCUCAAAACGUUUUCUUCCUGACAGUCUUGGUGUUUAACACAUACUCUUGGGGAGCAUAAUGAUUCUUCCUUCUCCUCACCCGACUUCUAUGGCAACACACUUACCUUGGGAGGACACACUAAGAAAUAGUUAAAACUAAAGACUUUUUGCGGCAUCAGACAGAACAGGAUUCAAACCCCAGACCACUGAGGCAAAUUAUCCUGGGGAAAUUAGCAAACAUCUGAGCUAGCUCAUUGCAUAUAAAGGAUUAAACUCGAGUAGAAAUAAAGUACCUGGCACUAGCAAAUGUUCAGUGUGACCAAAAUUGUCAUCGUUACUGUAAUUAAUUUGGGUUCAUUUUUUGCAAGUAAAAUAAUAAUAACAACAACAACAAUACAAGCAUGUCUUGCAGAAAUCAAGAGCAGAAAUGUGCCUGGGCCUCGGGGAAAUCCUGUCACCACUGCCCUCCAUUGCUCAUCUGGUUCACAGCUCUCCCUCAGGCGCAUCAUGGUGCCAACCCCCUCAGGGUUGGGGGAAAGCCAUCUCCCACCCCCCUAAACUGCCAUCUUGGAGGUUCAACUUUCCCAAAAGAGAUCAACCGGAAUCCUUUUCUUGCCCUUGAUGUCAUAGACUCCAAUGGAUUCACUCUGAAUGUAAGCUACUUAUUCACCUGGAGAGGGCCCGGCAUGCCUAGAGGCAGGGGUCAAUUGACACCGUGGUCCCCAGGAAGUGGCAGAUGUGGAGAGUCACUGGAUUUAUGGGAGAGAAAUUAUGGCCAGAUGUUACAAGAGGUACUUUCAAACUAGUAAAAUGGUGGGAGUGCGAUAUUUUUAAAUGUGAGAAAGUGUAAAAAUGUCCUUAGUGAACAAAAUUACAUAUAUAUAUCACGGUCAUGAGCUAUACUCAUUUAUAAAGGUAAAGAUUUAUAGGAACACAGAGAAGUUGGUUUAUGCUGUGGUGGUGAUUUUUUAAUGUUCUCUGAUUUAAUAACAAAACUUUGUUGAAUGUGGAAAGCUCUUACAAGAUUAAUAACCCUUGAGCCUCUGCCGCCUAACACCUUAGCAAGGAUUAGUUGACAACUGGCUAAGAGCCAGGCCUCUCCGGGUACAGCCUUGAGCCAGAAGCAGGAGGGAGGCGGCAGGAAAAUGCCAAAAGUCCUGGAGGCCAAGCUCCUCGUUCUCUACUGUGUGCAGGCGCUGAGGCCCUCUCUUCAUGGAAAGGUAGAAACCUGGCUCGGAAUCCUAAAACCUCCACCGUAUUUUCACAGGACGUCUGUAAAUUCCGGCUAGAGACAGGACAGCUACUAGAAAACUCCCUGGGCAGUAAGAAGGCAUCGGAAACAUUAUGAAAAGCCGCAACGUGUUUUUCAGAACAAGACUGAUUCCAACUUCCAAAAGCCCGACAACCAUCCUAUGGACACAUUUCUAUAGAAACAGAUGAUCCCACGCCCACUCUGGAGCCUCUGAACCCAUUUGGCAUUUUGUUCCCAGUUCCACCCCUGGAUGCAGUGAGGAAAACCCAGGAAAAGUCCUUCCAUUCAGUCUUUGCACCCUGCUUCUUCUCGCCGGCAUGUCCAUGUGCUGCUUCCUUUAAUGUGUCCCUCGGGGACUGGGUAGGACAGAUGGUCACUGUCACGUUAAAGCCAAAGACAUAUGAAGCAACUUUGGGAGCAGCGUGAGUACUUAACUCCUGCCCCAGAGACAGACCCCUGAGACUCUCGCCUGAAUGGGGACAGGACUCCGUUUCAGGGUAGCACAGCGGGCAAUCACAUUCACUGUCCCAUCUUCAGGGGAACGGUUUUGAAAUUGCUCAAGCUGCCUACCCUGACACAUUGCCCAAAUGUUCCCUUCAAACUGCUUUCAUCUGCAGCAAAGCUGUAUAUGGCCAAAGCUCCAGAAAAAUUCACUGAAACCUGAGGGCUUUGUGUGUUCAAGACAAAUCAAAAGAUUCCAAGUUUUGUGGCUGGGUCUGUUCCUUCCGCUCCCAUCACUACCUUCUGGGUUGAAAUCAUUAACAUCACCAACUUACACAGUUUGGCAGAGUUCAUCUAUAACCGGCCCUCUUUGUCCUCUAGAGACUAGACAUGCAUGUAAUCUGUAUAACACGUGUAUAAAAUGCAUUCAUUAAGCAGUUGAUUAAAACUUGCUCUCUAAAAUUAA